AGAAGUUAAAUAAUUUGCACAGUUUAGCUCUGCCCACAUAGAUUUUGUGUUGGCUAACAUGUAUAAUAUGCAAAAUCAGAUUUUAUCUCACAAAGAUGAUUGAUUCUCAAGGUAGUCUGCAACUGGCUGGCCAUGACACUCUUGAUUGAUUGACUGAAAAGCAUCAGCUAUCACAAGACCUUUAACAAGGUUAUCAUUGGCUGAUUGUUUAAUAGAGCUUGAACGGCAUGUCCAUCUAGCUAACCUCUAGUAUUAAAUGUAACCUGGUGCAAAUUGGGGUGCUACUUGUAAAAAGGUACUUGGACCCCGGUGAUUCCUUGUGGUUAUAUUUAAGUUAGAAUUUGUUGGUUUUCUCCCAAAUUUGGUCACCACCCACCAGCCAGCCCUCUCCUAUCAUACGAGAUACAAUAGCCUUGUAAAGGCCUCCAAGGCUGGGCGUAUGAUUCCUUUAUCAGUCCUGUGUGCGUGGAGUUUGCAUAUUUUCCAACAUGAGUUUGCAACAUGUCCAAAGACAUGAUGUAGGCUGAUUGGCAUUUCCAAAUUGUGUAUGAACGUGUGUGAGAUUGUUCCCCGCGAUGCGUUGGCACCCCGUCCAGAGUGUCCCCUAGGAUAGGCUCUAGGUCCCCCCAUUACCCUGUGUAGGAUAAGCGGUACAGAAAAUGGAUGAAUGGACUAUGAUUAUUAAGGAUUCUGCCAAAAAUGGUAAAUAGCUGAACUUUAGUGGCAAUCGUAAUUAGUGUAAGGUAGUUAGUUACUCCAUCUUCUUAGAUAAGGAAACACCAAGGAUUCCCCCACAGGGAAACGCGGAAGAACCGCAAAGCUACGAUAUUUUCCAGAGAAAGUAACCAAAGUGCUAGAAUACCGAAAUCGUGAGGAAAAAGUAACCACAAACAAAUCAAAAGUAGAGCAUUUGGUUGCUAAAUGAAGUAGUUGAGAAUAAAUAAGAACUCUGUAAGAGGACUAUGUAUCUAAAGCACAGGGAAUUCAUGCAAAGCAGCAGAAUUUGCAUGGAUGUUUUAAGGACACAGCCAGAGAGGUUGGCAUAACAAUUUUUUUUUAAUUAUGCUAGACUCAAACAAACCUUUUUGAUUUGUAUCUUGUCCUUAUAAACCCAGUUAUCUCACUGCCGGUUUCAUCACAGUGACUUUUGGUUAUAAUUCAGAAGAGAGAAGUGUUUGGGGAAUUCAGAUUUUUUUCCUUUUAUUUUUUUAAACAUUGACAAUUGUAAAUUGACUCAGUUCCCAAAAGGCUCAUUUCUUUUACCUAACUGAACCAGUUUGUCUAGUAAUUGUUCAAUAGCUGAAAAGGUUUAAUUAAAUCUGACUCCAUCUUAAUUUAACAGAACAAAAUCUAUUCAAAUAAUUAUAAAAUCAGCAAGGCAGUAGAAAUAUGAGCAUGAAUGUUAUUGUGGUGCUGUUUGUGCUUCAUUACUGUUUAUCCUGAUAACUAGAAAGAAAAAAGAAAAACAUUUAAAAGGAAGAUAAGGAAGGAAGAAGGCAAUAAAGACAAAAGAAAGGAAAGGAAAGACAGUAGAAAAAACACGGAAGAAAUAAGAGAGAAAACAAACUCCAAAGUUUAGCUAGAAGAACCGACUUAAAGAUUCGACUCAUUCACGAACGACACAUCUGAAUACAGUAUUAGAGAGCGUGUGUGUGUGUGUCCAUGCAGACUGUAUGAAAACUGUCCAAAGAAAGAAAAAACAAUCAACAGACUUAUUUAUGCGAAUCGGCUCAGUGUUCAUGUAGUAUAACCUACUCAAAGAGUAGACUCAUUCGUGAGCAACACAUCACUACCUUUUAACGUGAAUGCCCUGUGUCCAUGCAAACAAUAUGAUAAACUUGCAAAGAAAGAAAGAAAAAAAAACAGACAAACAAACAAACGCAUAUAUGCGAGUCUUCACUGAUCGAACCGAGUGAAAGAGUCGACUCAUUCGUGAACAACACCUGCUACACCUGUAGGCUUAUGCCGCCUGAAUGAAUCUGAUAUGAGACAGUAUUCACUGUUUGUUUGAGCGUGUGUGGCCAUGCAAAUAUUAUGAAAAUUGGCCAGCUCUCUUUCUUUCUUUCUUUCUUUUUUUUAAACACAAACACAGUAUGUGGUUGAAAAAAAAAAAGAGAGAACCUGGUCUUGAAAAGAGUAGUAAAAUGAAGCUUUAGCCACUUUGCUCUCUCGUCCCUCCGCCCCUGGAGGGAAGUUUUUUAGGUUGCUAUGCUAACAUCCACUGAACCAAACUCAUUAUGACAGAAAGCAGAGCGGAGCGGAGAGGGAAAAAAAAAUAUCCGCCGCUCUUCCUCUCAGACAUCCUAAAUGACCAAUAAAAGCGAGACUUUUUAUAGCGGUUUUUGUGUGUUUCCGACAACAGCACACCUGAAGCCAUUUGGAAAGGUCUCCAUUUUGCAGUCAAUAAGCAGGCGAGUCGACAUGACACCAGUGCUGGCAGAAGACUCUUGAAAUGGUUUCGGCCUCAGGAUGGACUGUAAAAGAACCUUAUGACAAACAAUGUUUCGGCAUAAAACGUAGCCAAGGCUUGUUUCACCCCGACUCUCGGACCCUCACCUGGAUGUGUAUAAGGGACCAUAAUGUUUGUAUGUUUCCGACGGAUCAGAAAAUGCCAACUCCGACAGCUAAUGAUGAUGUGCUUUGUGUUGUCAGUGAUCAAGGUGUACUGGGAAAGUCUUGACAAUAACAUAGGCGGUCAUGUCAAGUCCUACUCUUUCCGCCUGCUCAACAGCUUGGACUUUAUAAGUGCCAACCUAACAAUUAGUCAUGAAGAAGCACAGAAAUUCAGCAACCACCGUUACUUAAUAAACCAUGAGCAGAAAUGUGUCAACCAAGACGUGCUGCUCUUGCUGCUUGUAAAAAGCUCACCAGAGAACUUCGAAAGGAGGCAGGCCAUUCGGUCCACAUGGGGCAACGAGGUCUACAUCGAGAAGAACCUUGGCUUGACUGUGAGAGUGCUGUUUGCUCUUGGCAUCCACCCUCAACCAAUGGAUAGGAAGAAGCUUCAGCAAAGGUUGCUUUGGGAAGACCAAAUAUACCAGGAUCUAAUUCAGCAGGACUUUCUUGAUACCUUUCACAACCUAACUGUCAAGCUUCUCCUCCAGCUCAGCUGGACACAUGCGUAUUGCAACCACGCCCGCUUUCUCAUGUCUGCAGAUGAUGACAUCUUUGUCCACAUGCCCAACCUGAUCCGCUACCUGCAGGAGGUCGACCAGACCGGCGUCAAGGACUUUUGGAUUGGCAAGGUGCAUCGAGGCGCUCCACCCAUUCGUAAGAAAGACAGCAAGUACUACGUGUCUCACGAGAUGUACCCCUGGAUUCUCUACCCCGAUUACACCCCUGGAGCCGGUUAUGUUGUAUCCAGAGACGUGGCCUCUAGAGUCUACCAAGCUUCUCUCACCUUAAACGCCUCUCUUUACAUCGACGACGUCUUUAUGGGGAUUUGCGCGAACGCGAUAGGGAUCUCGCCCCAAGAACACGUCUUCUUCUCUGGAGAGGGUAGGGCCCCUAACCACGUCUGCAUCUACAACCAAAUGAUGACAUCACAUGGACAUGUCAAGGACUUCCACGAACUCUGGAAACUUGCAACAGAUCCUGAGGUACAGCGGGUUUCCUCAGGACUUUUUGGAAAACUCUACUGCACUAUAACUAAAAUCAGACUCCUUUGUGUAUUACACACUUUAAACACCUACCCAUGUAAAGCAGCCUUUUCAUAGGGCCUGGAUUGGUAUGAAAUCCCUUUUUCCUCCCCCUCCUCUUCCUUUCCUUUUAGACCAACACCUUUGUGCUAGGAGGAGAUAAUGUAUAUUUGUCAGUUUGAUGUUCUGGACUUGGGAGUAUCUUGAAAUGAUUAGUAAACUACUUUGGGGGGGGACCAACUCCAUGCCUUACUCAUAAUUACUUUUAUUUACUUCCUUGCGGUGUUUGUUUUGUCUCCUAAACAGCGUAGUUGCAUCUUUUUUUUUCUUUUUUUUUUUUCUUUCUCUCAAACCCCUUAACAGAAAUCAACAAUAAUGUAUAAUCUUUGAGUUUCUUGGGAACAGGACAUGUGGUUCUUCCAUAAACUGUUGCUGCAAAAUUGGACGUACAACUGUAUAGAAUGUCUUUGUAGGCUGUAGGAUUGCCAUUUCCCUUCACUGGAACUGUGGGGCCCAAGUCUGUUCCAAGUCCUUGAAGACAUGGUUUGCCAAGGUUGGAGUAGAAGAACUUGAGUGUCCUGCACAGAGCCUAGAAUGAGAUGUUCAAAAAGGGUGCAAUGGUCAGGUGUUAAGGGGGGAGAAAAACUUGUGCCCAUAUACUGUACCUGCAUUUUGAGCCAUCGUGUAUGAAAUUUUCCAGAAAUUUACAUCAAGCUUCAAUACAGCAUCUGUUGAAGUUGAAGCAGUAUUCUAUUUGAAGUGAUUAUGAUGGGGUAUGGUUUGUUUGUGACUGCUCCAAACCCAUGCUCGGAGGUGAUUCGUUCAACAUAUGCAUGGUGCAGAGAAGAACCAUGGACUUCGGGUCUGAUCGACACCACCAUGUUGCCAAAUAACAUCUUGCUGAUAUUAGAUUCCCACUAUGAGCCUUCUUCAGUUCAUCGUUUGUGUGCAGCUGUACGUGAAAGCCUUGUAUGCACCAAAAAAAAAAAAAAAAAGCGAGCCACCUUCACAUCUGAGUUAUUUGUGUAAGAUUUUGUAUGAAACAUUUCUGGGAAGUGGUGAUUUAAAAAUUGGUCAGUGUUCAAAAUUUUCCGGAAAGAGGCAUACACCUUCACCAACUGCCCCAUUUCCUACUUAUGCACUAUUGUUCCACAUUUGUCUUGAAGUCUCCAAAAUGUAUUUCUCUAUUUAUUUCUAUAUAUCUGAAAUUGCUCAGCAUGUCCAUUGGGGGUGCUGGGCAAUCGUGCUGCCCUCUAUCAUAUCCAGAUCAACAGGUUCCUCUGUAGAUGCUUUUUACGUAUUCAUCUGGAAAAGCCAAUGUGAAUUUACAAAGCUACCACUGUGCAGAACGUUUAUAUAAAGCCAUUCUUGCAUGGUUUAAUUUAACCCAGGGGUUCCCAAAACUUUCAGGCAAACGACCCCAAACGGAUUUUAAGUGAUCCCAAACCUUGACCACCUUUCAUUGUUCUGUUUUUUUUUGUUGUUGUUUAUUGUUUUAAUCAAGACUUGCAAUUUAGGACUUGUAUACACAUAUUCAAUAAACGUUUUGAUAUUU